AUGCGUGAGUGGUCGAUAACGCAAAUUAAUCCAUCUUAUUCUCAAGAUUUGACGAUAAGCACAAACAGGAUCACAAUAGUUUUGAAUGAUAUUUCUAUUCAAGAUGUUAAUCAACAUAACUCGAACGAUCAAAAAGAUAAAAGGAUGUCAUCAAACAAACUCUCACAAUACUGCACAUCAUUAUCACCAUUCUUUUAUGGUCUAUUAAUAGGUAUACUCACAGCUGGUUUGGUAUUAGCCAUCGUUACUGCACUCUGGCUAACGUCUUCAAAACAAACAUUGACAACACAGACUGUGACAAAAACAGUUACAACGAUAUCUUCAACCACAACAAAAUCUACAUCAUCCACAUCCACAACCUCAACCUCUACGACUUCCACAUCCACAACAACAACAACAACAACAACAACAACAACAACAACCACCACAACUGGAAUUUGUCCUUCUGGUUUUACUGAAACACCAUCCGUAACAUGUGUUGAUCUACUAAGUGAUUUUAAUAAUUGUGGAACGAUUGGCUUUGUUUGUUCAUCAAAUUAUACAAUGUGUUCAGGUGGUAUAUGUGAGACAGCACCUAAUAUAAAACUUAGUGGAGCAAUUCCUAUAUCUGCCUGGGCUGGUGUGACUACCGAUGAUAAUAUACAGCCUGUUACCCUUUCAGUCAAUAUUACACUCUAUAAUUAUAGUACUAAUUCUGUUACUGUAUCAAGUAAUGGGCUUCUCUGUCUUGACAGUUGUACUAGUGCUUAUUCAAAUGGAAAUCUUCCAACUACAAAUGUUGGAGGUCCAACAGCAUUUGCUUUCUGGGAUGAUCUGAUGAUCUAUGGUAGUACUGGUCAAAUGGUUUAUUAUUCAACCACUGGAACAGCACCUAAUCAAAUAACAGGUUUCGAAUAUUAUUUAAGUCCUAUUUCUUCACCAGCACAAUAUUAUCAUUUUCAAAUGCUAUUUUAUGAAAAUUUACCAAAUAUUGUUAAAUAUGUUUAUUUCGAAAUAUACGCCGGAAGUAGUUCAGCAACUAUUGGUGUACAACAAUCAUCAUCAGGACCAAGCAUAACUUAUUCAGUAAAUCAAGCAUAUGCAGUAUCAUAUAAUACAACACUUCUAUUCGAUACAAAUGCGGAUACAGAAGAAUUUCAAGUAUUUGAAAAACAUAUAAUGAAAUAUCCUCUUAAAUCAUGUUCAAUUUCACCCGGUAAUUCUUCGAAAUAUUAUUACAACAAGAGUUUUGAUUUGAUACUUCUAUCAUAUAUCAUUUUACAUAAAGAUCUUCGUAAAUUUGAAUUCGAUGGAGAAGUUAAUCUAAAAAAUCAAAUACAAUGGCCUGUUCUAUGUAGAUUACAGCAUCGAUCAACGAUUGAAUCUUCAAUUGAUCGUCAAUUUUGUGAUGGUUCUCGUUGGAAAGAAUUCAUUCAAAUGAAAUUACCAUUAUUAAGCACCGGUACUGUAGAAUCACUAAUUGCACCAUUUCAAACUCCAUUUUGGAUCGAAAAUAAAAAUUAG